CGAAUGCACGCUUGCUGAGGGCUGUGCUCCUGCGGGGCUGGCGCAAGGGUAAACCGGCGUGUGUGCAGGAAGAGAAAUGGCGGACGCGGUGUCUAUCUUCAUGUCAAUUGGUCUUAGUGAACAGAAAGCUAAGGAAACAUUGAAAAAUGAAGCACUCUCGUCAACACUCAAGAGGGCUAUCGAACAGGCUCAAGGGCUGCUGGGGUCCGCUAGCAUUGAUAAGACUGCAGGCACUCUGCUGUAUAAUAUGGUGACACGACUCAAAGACUCCAAUCGACUGUCUUUCCUCACAGAAUACAUCAUUACACGAAAAAUAACCUCAGAACUGCAGCUGUCAGCGGCAUUGGACUUUAUAAAAAGCCACCCUCAGGAGAAUCUGGAUCGACUUGAGUUUGAGGCUGCCUGUGGCGUGGGAGUGAUGGUCACACCUGAGCAGAUAGAGGAUGCGGUAAGGUUUUUUGAGGCUGCCAAACCCAAAGCUGCAGAGAAAGAUGUGAAGAUUGAGCAGGUUGUAAAUGGUGAAGCGAACACAGAGGGGAAAUCCCUGAUGGAGCAGCUGAGAGGAGAGGCGCUCAAGUUCCAUAAGCCAGGGGAGAAUUACAAGACUGAGGGUUAUGUUGUAACGUCCAACACCAUGAAUUUGCUGAAGAAGCACUUGGAAGAGACUGGAGGACAGGGUACAAACCAUUCGCUGUCACACACGCCUCUGAUCACUUCCAGCUUCUCUACGAUCUUGCUGUUGAUCUCAUUCGCAGAGCAGGGUCAUGCAUACGUGUGCCACCAGCGUGGAGAGGAACUCAAGGGUCACAACGUCCCUCCCUCCCCCUGGAGAGAGCGACCCUUGGAAGAAUCUUUGCUUUUGUUUGACAGGAUGAGAAAGGGCAUGUUUGCAGAGGGAGAAGUCACUCUCAGAAUGAAGAUGGUGAUGGAAGAUGGAAAAAUGGACCCUGUGGCGUACCGGAUCAAAUACACGCCACACCACAGGACAGGAGACACUUGGUGCAUAUACCCAACGUAUGAUUACACACACUGUCUGUGUGACUCCAUUGAGAACAUCACACACUCACUGUGCACCAAAGAGUUUCAGUCCAGUAAUAUGCAACCAUUCGCUGUCACACACGCCUCUGAUCACUUCCAGCUUCUCUACGAUCUUGCUGUUGAUCUCAUUCGCAGGGGUCAUGCAUACGUGUGCCACCAGCGUGGAGAGGAACUCAAGGGUCACAACGUCCCUCCCUCCCCCUGGAGAGAGCGACCCUUGGAAGAAUCUUUGCUUUUGUUUGACAGGAUGAGAAAGGGCAUGUUUGCAGAGGGAGAAGUCACUCUCAGAAUGAAGAUGGUGAUGGAAGAUGGAAAAAUGGACCCUGUGGCGUACCGGAUCAAAUACACGCCACACCACAGGACAGGAGACACUUGGUGCAUAUACCCAACGUAUGAUUACACACACUGUCUGUGUGACUCCAUUGAGAACAUCACACACUCACUGUGCACCAAAGAGUUUCAGUCCAGACGAUCCUCAUAUUUCUGGUUGUGUAAUGCUCUGGAUUUGUACUGCCCGGUGCAGUGGGAAUAUGGCCGACUCAAUCUCACUUACACUGUUGUUUCCAAGAGGAAGAUCAUUAAACUGGUAGAAACAGGAAUUGUUAGAGAUUGGGAUGAUCCACGACUUUUUACCCUCACAGCUCUCAGGAGACGUGGGUUCCCUUCACAAGCUAUUAACAAUUUCUGUGCCCGGGUGGGUGUGACUGUUGCGCAGACCACCAUGGAGCCGCACCUACUGGAGGCGUGUGUUAGGGAGGUGCUUAAUGACACCACUCCUCGUGCCAUGGCCAUACUCGAGCCCCUCAAAGUCACCAUCACCAACCUGCCAACCAAUGCACAGAAGGAGGUUCGAGUCCCAGACUUCCCAGCCAAUGAAGCCAAGGGCAGUCACGUGGUUCCCUUCUCAAAGACCAUAUUUAUUGAGCAGAGUGACUUCAGAGAGGUGAUGGAGAAGGGCUACAAGCGCCUGACUUCAGAUCAGCCAGUAGGCUUGAGACAUGCAGGAUAUGUCAUCUCUGUACAGCGUGUCAUCAAGGAUGGCUGUGGUAAAGUGUGUGAGCUAGAGGUGUCAUGUGCCAGCUCAGACUCUGUAGAAAAACCCAAAGCGUUCAUUCACUGGGUGAGCGAUCCACUGCGGUGUGAAGUGCGCCUGUAUGAAAGACUGUUUCUCCAUAAAAACCCAGAGGACCCAGCUGAAGUUCCUGCUGGAUUCCUGAGCGACAUUAACCCUAAUUCCUUAACAGUGAUUGAAAGUGCCUUAGUAGACCGUUCUGUGGGCAAGGCCAAAGUGUUUGAUAAGUUUCAGUUUGAGAGAGUGGGUUAUUUCUCACUGGACCCUGAUAGCACAUCUGAAAAGUUGGUGUUCAACAGAACCGUUACGCUCAAGGAGGACCCAGGAAAGAUGUGACUGGACUGCAAGACAGAAGCUGCACAGCCAUUAUGCAUCACGACACCGCUUUUAAUCAAAUCAAAUAAACCAGGGAAUUCAACAUAUUCUAUCCAUACUAUGUAAAGCCUUUUUUAUCUGUAUUGAACAAGUGCUGGGCUGUUUUGUAUAACCUUUGUAUAGCAUCUAUGAAAUAAACAAAUGAAAGAUUUUGACUGGCUUGAUGGAACAGUUGCUAACAUGUGAAAUUCAUUAUAAACUGCAUGGCUUUCUUGGAUAAUCCAACUUUCUUGUGGACAACAAGCAAAUCUAUUUAAAUUUCUAUUGGAAAAAUCAUAACUAUUCUUAAAACAGAAUACUAAAUUAGGGUUAUGGUGUCCUAAUUCAUAAAACAUUAAAGGUUCCCUAUAUGGCAUCUUGCUUUUAGUGAAUUUUGAAAAAAUAAAUAUGUGACCC